ACCUUUAGAGAAACUGCCUGUUCUGGAUCAUGCAGACUGUAACAUAUAAAAGCUGUUAGCAGCUCCUGUGGCCAGAAAGCUUCACAACCAGCAGAGUUUUGUUCUUUGGGGGUUUGUAAUAAGAGACAUUCCUUCACAAAGGUUCAUAUCACCACAUAGGAGAGUGCUAUAUAUACUGGGAGAACAAUAGACUGUAUUCUUUUUUGAUAUUAUCCAGAGAUCUGUUCCCUACUGCCCUGACUUAAAGCAGAGUACCUCUGUGUCCUUUCUCCUCUGGUCCCAAAAUGACAGCAAUCACUGCAAUCAGUUGUGCUUUCUUAUUUUCCAUUCUCUGUGAAACAAGUGCAUUAGUGUUACCCAACUCCACUGACCUACUCCUGUCAAACAAUAAUUUCACUGACAUUGAGACGGCUUUGGCAGCUCAUCUGGACUCUGCAAAAAUUCCCAAAGCCAGGCGGAAGCGCUACAUUUCACAGAAUGACAUGAUUGCCAUUCUUGAUUAUCAUAAUCAAGUCAGAGGCAAAGUCUUCCCACCUGCUUCCAACAUGGAAUAUAUGGUUUGGGAUGAAACUCUGGCCAAAUCUGCAGAGGCUUGGGCUGCUACUUGCAUUUGGGACCAUGGACCUUCCUACUUACUGAGAUUCUUGGGCCAGAACCUGUCUGUAAGAACUGGAAGGUAUCGAUCUAUUCUCCAGCUGGUAAAGCCAUGGUACGAUGAGGUGAAGGAUUAUGCUUUCCCUUAUCCUCAGGAUUGCAACCCCAGGUGUCCCAUGCGAUGCUAUGGACCCAUGUGCACCCAUUACACACAGAUGGUUUGGGCCACUUCCAACCGUAUAGGCUGCGCAAUCCACACAUGCCACAAUAUGAACGUCUGGGGAUCUGUUUGGCGACGAGCUGUUUACUUGGUAUGCAACUAUGCCCCAAAGGGGAAUUGGAUUGGAGAAGCACCAUAUAAAGUAGGAGUGCCGUGUUCUGCUUGCCCUCCAAGCUAUGGAGGCUCUUGUACCAACAACCUUUGUUUCCCAGGAGUAACAUCAAAUUACUUAUAUUGGUUUAAAUAAGUUAAUGUUUACAUUAUUUAAAAACAAAACAAAAAAAAAAUGGAUGAGUAACAAGAAGCUUGUAUAUUGAAUUUUGCACAUGUUAUAUAGAGAGAGAUCCUGUAAUAAUACUCUGAUGUUUUCUUUUUGUAUUCUUUUGUAUAAUUAGCUUUCAAAGUAUAGUAUAAUUUGUUUUAAACCCUUUGGGAUUUAUGACUCACGUUAACCUGUUUAGAUGAACAUUUUGUAAAGGUGAACAAACUAAUUUUCACCUUAGCAAGUGUAGCUUCCUGAAGAUAGGUUCCGUUAAAAGCACAUGGAAAGGUACUGUCAACUUAUACUUAAAAUAUAAUGUCCUUUUAAAAAUAAUAGGUCUAGAAAGAGAAGGGUCAUUGUUUAAUACUGUGCUUUAAAAAUGGAGUGUGACAUGCAAAGAAACAAUUUGUCCUCACAUUACCAAUGUUUCUUCCCAUUUACACCUGUGCUUUCAUCUGCAGUGUCAAUGGGACUCUGAGCAGAGGAAAACAUAUGUGCAAGAGAAACUGCAGGAUAUUACCUACCUCAUGCACAACAUUAAUUCAUUUAUAGUGUUUCAAGAGUUCAGCACACGGCUGCUGCUAUCAUCAAUGAUGCCUGUGUGCGGACAGGAAAAGUAGAAUAAGAAACCACACCGGCCAAGAGGCAGUAGCUGUUAACUCACAUGCAUAAUCUUAUCUAGGUAGAAAGCUACAUCACUAUAUAUAUACUGGUAUAAUCAGUACAGCCAAACUUUAUAUUCCCGUGUUUUUGAACAUUACAUUCACGAUGGUAUAAAUGUGCUUUGCUGCAGUUUUUCCUGUACAGGAAGGAAAAUAAAUAUAUUUCUACAAAGCAGUCUAUAUCAAUACAUGACAUCCAAACUAAGCCUUUUACACUAUUAUCUCACCAGUAUAUAUGCUAAUCCCCUGACUGAAACUCAUCCAGGUAAAACUUUAAGAUGAACCUAAAUGUAGACAAUAGGAUUUCCAAAUAAAAUAUUAAAAAUUAAUUAAGUGACCUUAAAAUUUCAUACAGAUUUGUGAUAAAUAUUUCAAAUUUCUAAAGCAAUUGGCAGUGCCCUUUAAAAUAUGUUUUGCUAUUUCCUGAAAAUAUCUGUAUGAAUUAUUACAAAACAAAUUAUUCAUACCCUUUCUAUAAAAAAAUUGAACGUCUUAUGUGUGCUUACUAUAAUCCAUAGCAUACACCCAUAAAGAGGGCAUACAUUUCAAGCUAGACUACUAUACAGGUAGUUCUCUUGAAAAAGAGAUUGUAAAAAGGAGGAAAUCCAAUGUCUACCACAACUAGUAUGCCAUUGAAAUAGCCCAGAGUCUUGGCUUUAUAUUACAUGGUGGAAUGUACUCCACUUUAAGUAUAUAUGUUUACUGUGCUUGCACUGCUACAUUUAGACCUCUGAAAUUUACAAACUUUGAAAAGUAAUAUUGAGGAGAGCAAGCAGAACAACAGAGGAUAAUUCCACUGGUGCUAUGUGUCUUUAAGUCACUAAUUAAGACCUUUUGAAGGUGUUUGAGACAGUCUUUUACCAGAAUAUGAAAUAUCAUAUUGGUGCUAAAACAAACAAACAAACAGAAAAACAAACACAAAGAUGCCAGACCCUCUCCAUCUGUCCAUAAUAUGAUCCCUCAGAGAAUGCCAGCAACUGAUCUGUGGCUCUUCAGACUUCUGAUUAAUGACACUCCUGUAUUUGACAGGACCAUAAACAGAGAAUUAUAUUGUCUUAAUAUGUGUCCAUGUUUUAAAGGGACAACACUUGUAAUAUUCUACUUUUAUCCUAAAAAUUAUAAUAUGUAUGAUUUUCUUUGUGGUUUCAAAUGGACCUGGACUUAGCCAAUGCUCAGUGAAACGCUUUGGCUGAGUAAAAUCCAGUACUGUUUUGAGAGUGAAACACAAUCUCUUUGUGUCAUUUACAUACACAUUGAAAGAAGUCAGUGAGACAAAACUACUAUAUGUGUAACUAGUCCUCAGCUAGCACAGCUUUUGACAAAGAUGCAUGGAACAGAUACAUUUUUAUUCCACAUAAGAAUUCUUCCCCAGAGGUAAAGACAGUACAGUUAGAACAGUGCACCUUGAAAUUUUCUUGUAUUUAUUAAACAUAUAUACAAGAUAGGAAGCAGAGCAUAAGCAAAAGUUCAGGUUAAGUCAUGGAGCCUACAGCAGUAGGUCUAUUAAGAAAUGACUAUGCACUUUGGAACUUACAACUUAUAUGUUGUACGGUACACUUUCCAAACAGGACUAGACGUUGUAAAUUAAUUUAUAAUUCUGUAAUUCAACUGAAAUUAUUAUAACGGGUAUAUAUGUUAUUGUAUCUGUUAUUUUUUAACUUGCUACAAAUACCUUGAGUUUGUGGAAUAUUGUGUUUUCUGUGGAUAUAGAAAACUUCACUUUUAACAAAUAGGUUCACAGGUUUUUCACAACAUCCUGUAAUGGUGCUAGGCAUUAACUAUUGUAAUCACACUGUAACUAACAACAGCAAAAAAUUAUCUGGGUAUAAGCUAUUUCUUAUGAGCAGCUCCUGAUAAAACCAGCCACUAGCACUCAAGCAUUAGAUGAAUAUUUUUAAUUGAAUGGAGACAAUUACAGCAAAUCAGAAAUUUGAUUACCACACAAGAUGUUUCUUUCCACUGUAUUUAAUUAUUAGUUUACUAUCUGAAUCUCCCCACUUUUGAUCUUAUUUUUCUUUUGGGUUGGAUAAUGACAACAACAGCAAAUAACUACUUUGCUUGCCAGUGUCAGGGCUGCCUGAUUGUUUGCCUGAUGCAAAGUGCUGCUGGAACAGAAGUACUGAAAUAUGCUGAAAACUUCAGAUGUUUUCAGCAGUUCUCUGAUACAUGUUGAUGAAAGUUCUUGAUGAGUUCAAGGUUAUGCUGAAGCAAACUACCCCCGGUUGCUAUUCUCAUAGCCUUAAAUAUUUGUAGUAAUUCUUUCUGAGGACAGUAGUGUGCCUUUAAAGAAAUCCUGGCUGUCAAAGAAAUUAGCUCAGACUUUUGUUCCAUUCUAAAUAUAAAAUUAUGAAAGUAUACACAGACUAGAAUAAAGCUAAAAAUAUUCAUGGUCAAAAUACUGUGAGAGGUAUAAGAGUAAUAAUGAAGUAGUUGUCAUGAACUAUUGAGUGCAACUGUUUAUACGAUAAUAUCUGCUUGUGAUUUUUUUCUCUUUUUUUGCUUCAUUUAAACAUUUCAGAUGAUGGGUAGCAAUUGAUACAUUUUGGUGCUAACCUAUUUGUUCUGGUGCUGAAGUUAUACACUAUGUUUGUGGAAGAGGAGUUUUACUUCCAAUAUUACUGUAUACACUCCAGGGUUUUUGAGAUCUUUUCCAGCUAAGCAUAUAAUGCUUUCAAAUUACAUUUUUAUGGUUUAUUCAGGCUCUAAUGAGAGUUUUAUUUGCAGCAGAGAAGAAAAUGUAUUCCUGUUCAAAACCAAAACAAACAUCAUCACAACAGCGAGGUGCCUGUGGAAAAAAAUAUGUGGAGAGUAAGACCUCUGAGAGCUAUGAUCUCAAACUGAUGCUGAGCAGAUCUGAGUGAUCCCAAAUCCUCUCUCUGGAGUAAUAAAUGACUUCAGAAAAUCCAAGCUUGACCUUGCACACUUAGUCUUGAGAAGCUGUGUGUUCCUCUUCUCUGAGAUCAGUUUGUUCCACUCUGAAUUUGAGAUGAGCUGGACCAGGCCUCAGUGAAGACCACAGGAGAGUUGAUAUAACCUUUAUAGGGCUGAGAAAGGUGAAUUCCACUAGAGAUUUGGAGACAGCAAAAUGAGACUUGAAGUUCCCUACCAACACGGGGAAAUACCACAGUAAUCCGAACGAGGAGACCUUCCAGAGCAAAGGUGCUCUAUAACACAGCCAGGAUCUAAUAGAAAGAAAUAUAUCCAUAUCUUAUAGAUAAAUGGAUAGAUAGGUAGAUAGGUAUAUGUAUUUAUAGAUUGCCUGUGAGGAUCUGGUUGCAAGCAUGGAUGCCCUCUUGUGGUUAAGAAUGCUAAUACAUAUUUAGAUUAGAUUUGACUUCCAAAAGUUUUUUUUUGUUGUUUUUGUUUUUUAAAGAAAUAGAUAUAAAUUUUGUUAAUUUUCUUUAAAGUUUAUGGCCUUGAUUUUAAAGAUAUGUGACUUAGUCUAUCCAUUAUCUUUGAGAAAAGUGGUCCAUCACAAAAAUCUUCCAUUUCUUAAUUUUUUGUCAUUUGUAAAUACAGAACUAAAUCAAAAUUAUAUUGGCUGUUGCUUAUCUACCAUACAAAGUUCUAAAAGUAAGAGGUAAGGCAGCUAUUCAGAUGUCAGAUGAAUUUUUGAUUACAUUACUUCAGAUUCAGCAGUUCUCAAAAAGUAGGGGGUGGAAGUCUCCUUACUUAGAUAAUACAUUCUACUGAUGCCUAAUAAAAUAUGGAUUUUAAAGGUCCAAAUUACACUUGCAAUUUGCCCAUUAUUGGGCAAAGAUUUCAAGAUUUUUUUGUUUUCAAGAUUUUUUUGUUUUCAAGAUUUUUUUUUUUUUUUCUUCUGGAAUAAAAUGAUAUCACAGAAUUUGAGCACACAGCAUAUUUAUGGUGCUUUUUAAAAUAGAGAAUUCUUAGGCUCUAAGAAGAGCAUGAAAUUACUGUCAAUAGAAAACUGAAAUAACAAUAACCUUCUCAAACUGCUUUAUUUCAAUAGAAAAUAAAUUGAAAAAUGCAAUAAAAAGAAUAACAUAUCUGAUUGAUUCAACAUAGAAAAAAAUAUCAUUACUAAUGAUGGCUUCAAGAUUUUCUUGCUGACCUUCAGUUGCUGAGUUUGUCUCAGGAUAUAUUUAUUUUCUGUUAGAGAAGAAUCUUUUGCUCAUAUUAUAAGGGAAUGCAUUCUAAAAUUUAUGUAAGUUAAUGGAGCAGGCAUAAACUUUAGGUAGUUGCCCCACUCUGCUGAGCUCCUCCAGGUGUGAAGUGUGAGAAAACCAGACUGAAAUGGUUUCAAUUCAGUAUCAUCUUCUUGUCUUCUGCCAAAGAGAAAAUUAAGAGUGAAAAAGAAUUUAUUAUUCCUGCAGCUUUUGGCAUCUUAUCAUUUGGCAAUCAGAUUGUAAAUUCUUUUAAUACCCCUCAUACUGACAAUCCCUAUAAAUUAUGCUUAGGUUGUUUUGGACGGCAGGAGAAUAGAAGGGCUGUCCCUCAGCUUAUAUGUUUAACUCACUACAGCAAUUCUUUUUCAAAUCACUCAGCUGUUUAUCAUAUUACAAACUCAUUAGAGCUUCAGUACAUCAUAAGUGAGAAAUCAUCUUAGAUAUGUUAUUUAAGGUAAAAAAACCUGUUCUUCAAGAGUGAGUGGUAAUUUUGGAAGGUAGUAGCUCUGAGGAGUUAAACAUCUUGUUUCAUGUAGGGUGCUCCUAAGUAAUAAAUGGUGCUUAAAAGCAGGGUUCAUUUAAAAAGCAAACCAUUUACAGUUGCUUUUCUACUUCUAUAUGCUUUACAGUAAGGAAGGAAGAUUUUUCUGAGAACUGAAUGUGCUGGGGAUUGGAAAAUAAUUACAUUUUUAAUCUUUCUAUGUGAACCCAAGCUCCCCCAUCCCCCCCCCCCCCCAAAAAAAAAAAAAAAAGUAUUUAUACAGUGAAAUGUCCUUUCUACCCCUCUCAUGUAUCUUCAACAUUUCUGGUUUAGACGUUAUUUUUUUCCAAUAAUUGUGUAUGUGACAUUUUAUCUUUUUUUUUUUUUUUUUUUUUUUUUUGAGAAGAAAGCUUGUGUAACACAUACAGUGAACAAUAUACUGUUUUUUUUCAUAUUGUCGUUUGGUACUAUAUACAUGCUAUACAUGAGAUAUAAAUUUGUAUCCCUGUUUCAGCCUUUACUACUUUGAAACUAUAAAGAAAUGUACGUCAUUUUGAUCUAUUUUGUAACAUCUAUGCAGUUAAAUAAAUAAGUGAAAUGAUCAAUACUUACA